UGAAGAAAUGGAUGAGGAAGAAAUCGAUAGGGCCACUUUAUGGGUCAGAGGACGACAAACCAAGGAUGGUCAUUUCAAGGAUGACAACACAAAAGAGACUGCUGAAAAAAUAGCAAGCUUGAAGAAAAAGGUUGCUGAUGGCGAACUGAGCACAAGCGGAACUACUGAUGUCUUGACCUUAGCAUUGGGGACUCCUGAGCAUGCGGGUCGAGUGCGUGGAGUGGGUGGUUACAUCAACCCCAAUGCUUACUUCCACCUCCCUAAACGAAGAAAGGAGAGCCUAGAAGCAACUGUUAGAGUUAGUGUGCAGAAAAUACUAGCAGAGGAGAGAGAGAAGAUAGUAGAUGAGGCAAGGGAAAAGAUAAUUGAGGAGGCAAAGGAAAAAAUUAUUGCUGAAGAGCGAGCUUAUUGGUCUGCAAAAUUUGCCCACCUUGAGGCAAAGGUAAAUGGAAAAGAAAGAGAUGGGAACGGUACUGUUGCUCAUGGAUAUGUUUCUGGCCAAGGAAGCUGUUCACGCACAGCCGAUGAGAUUGCUCAACAACAAGCAAAAAUUUCCUUGGAAGCUGAAGAAGGCAUGAAAUCUGUGGAAGGAACAAGAGUUUUGGAGGCUUUGGAAGUGAUUGAAAAAAAGGUUUUGCGUACAAAGAAGGGUUCCAAGAAAGUGGUGAAGAAGGUACAUCCCACUUGCCCCAAAGUAGUUGAGAAAGUAGUUGUCGAUGCGGCAUUGCGUCCGAAUCUGGAUGAGACUGUGGAAGAAAAUGCUGUACCAAUUGAUAUAAAGGAUCCAGAGCAAGAAGAGGGGGCAGAAUAUGUGGAUUUGACAUUGCAUGAACCCCUAAAGGUAAGUUGAAAACAGGUUACAUCAAUAAUGAUACAAUUAGUAUGAUUAUGUAUUUGUAUAUGCGCGCGUGUGUACAUGUGCACUUGUUUAUUAACAAUUGUUCUUUGUGAUUUGUCAG